AUGGCUCGCUCCGUUCUCUCCGUCGGCCUCGUGCUCUUCCUCGCUGUAGUUCUGACUCUCUCCUGCGUCUCUCUGGUGUUCAAGCGGAAAGUGGAGGACUGCUACUCGCUCUCCCUCGUGAGGACGCAGAAGAGCAUGGACAAGUGCAAGGAAGACCUUCUGGCGCAGAUUGCGCAGUGCGGGGGCAAGCCAGUACGGACCGAGUAUCCUCUGGCAGGAGGAGCAAGCAAGCCUAGUAAAUCUCAAUCUCUCCCAGCUAACCCGUCACCUUACAACGCCAUGGCUCGCGCCAUUCUCUCUGUCGCCCUCGCAAUCUUCCUCGCUGCAAUCCUGGCGCUGUCUUUCGCUCAAGCAACGAGCGCCGAGGCGGCAGGCGUCGUCACAGCAGAGAACGCGGCGAGUACCGCCCUGCUCAACGAAGUGCCGCGCGAGGUGCAGCGCCAUCGCAAGCUCAUUCCAUCAUUCGCCGAUGGUACAAUGAAGGGAGCCAGUCUACUUGCGCGGACAAACCAAACGUAG